ACCCUAGGACAGCAUUCCUCCCUCCGCCGCCGGCCCCGCGAGAGCCCGGCGAGCCUCCGAUCCAGCUGCGCCAUGCUCCGGCGAGCGACGAGGCCGCUCCGCCGGCCCACCCCGACGACGUCCGCCGCCGCCGUCGCCAGGGCCUCGUCCCGGCGCCGUUCUCCGCGGAUCUCCCGGCGGCGCGGACGGCGGGCGUCCUCGAUCCCGUCCAAGCUCGCCGUCAAUUUCGUCCUUCCUUGACGCCUCGGGGUUGUCCCACAGUGAGAGAUGCAAGUUCAGAAAGCUGCAACUUGGAAGGUGCUUAUAUAGUGAUGGAAAAGGUGAGUGAGAGAUUAGUUUUUGAACAGAAGUUGGAGUACACAAGAGAGUCAACUAGUUGUGGGGUGGACAUGGUGAUAGUACCGGCAACAACAGGACAACUUGGUGUUCUUCCUGGACAUAUGGCAACCAUUGCAGAACUAAAACCUGGAGUUCUGUUGGUUCACAAGGGAAACGAAGUGACAAAAUACUUUUUUAGCAGUGGCUUUGCAUUCGUUCAUGCGAACUCCUAUCCGGAUAUUAUCGCCGUUGAGGCUGUACCGCUUGAUCGAGUUGAUGCAAGCCUGGUCCAGAAGGAGCUUGCCGAGUUCACCCAGAAGCUGAGCUCCGCUUCCACUGACUUGGAAAAAGCUGAAGCACAGAUUGGAGUGGAUGUGCAUAGUGCUCUCAACUCAGCUCUAACCGGCUAGGGCUUCAGUCCUCAGAGCCGUUCUAGGUUCUCAAUAUAUUAGCUUGAUUGGCAUCUUGGUCCGACUUAAGGUGAGC